AUGGACCGCCCGGAGCCAGGUCUGGUCAAGUGGUCGGCCAACUCGUCUGUCGACAGUUUUGUCCACAUAAACUUGCAGCACCGAGUCGUCCAGGUGUAUGAGCCUACCGGGCACGCGCGAAAAGGGCGUUUCGAGUACAACAAGACCAGUCGCCAUGAUGACUUCCCCCCUCUCACCACCUACGAUUGGUCUCCCACCAAUACGGGUCUGCUGGCGGUUGGGACAAACACGGGAAUGGUGAAUCUGCUUCGGAUUGACGACGACUCCAAUGCGUUUGCGGAGCUGGGUCUCAAGAUGACCAGGACAUGUCAGGCUGUUGCUUUCAACACCACUGGCCUCCUGGCUGUUGGCUUGGAUCGUGUUCGCAUGGACCAGAGUCUACACGUUUGGGAUGUUAAUCGUCUAUCAACCUUUGGCAAAAUACAGAAGAAGGACCUCUUGCAGGAUAUUGGAGGGAUCACAGAACCCAAGCAUCGACUAGAGCCCAGUGUCUCGAUUUCCAGCAUCAAGUUCUUUGAAGACAGCCCCCAGACUUUAGUGGCAGGCAUAAAGGCCCAAGGCCUCCGCAUUCACGAUCUUCGAGAUCCCAAUAGCAUUCUUUUGUUCCAAACUAGGUGCAAUAACAAUCUUGCUAUUGAUUAUGCGGAUCAAAACUACUUUGCAUCGUCGGCACUGGAUCAACCAGGUGUCAUGAUCUGGGACAGACGUGCCACCUCCCGUCCCGUCGCCUCUCCAGCGUACACGAAGGCGGUAGAUGAGGACGAGCUUGCCUGGGGCGGGGCCUUGCGACUGGACAAGGUAAUAGAAAGCGAUUCCGACACGGAAGGCAAGCAUUCCCUUAUUCGCUCACUACGCUAUUGUCGUGAUCGUCGUGGUCUCCUCGCUGUUUUGUCACGAACCGGCCAACUCCGCGUCUUGGAGACGGAUAGAGAAGCUGGUCCUCCAGGAACAGCACCUUCAGAUGGCCCCGAGCUUCUCAGUGUUUGGAAAUCGCAUGAGAUGGAUCUGUCUUACAGGGAAGUCUCAAGGAGGAACAGCCGGAUUGUAUCAUUUGAUUGGGUCACAUUACCGUCGCCCGCUUUCCGACCAAGGCUCCUCGUAUUGAGGGCGAAUGGCAGUUUUGAAAUUCUGGAGAAGCCAUCGAGCUCUGCAGACCACCUAUUCAAGCUGAUCCCCUGGCAAUCCCCUCAUAGAGGGUUGGAAGAGGGGACGCCGUAUCUCGAUCUAAUGCAAUUUGAGCCAGCAUAUGCCCCAGAUAUGCUUGCAUCUCUCACGACUGACAUUGCACUCUCCGAAGUGCCUAUCUUUGGACCUCAAAACCCCGAUUCAGAAUCCGACCCGAGGGUGAUAUCACGUCCAAACCUCACAACGCUACCAACGGUAGAAUUAGUCAAUCCCCUCAGCGCUUCGCUACCGGAUUCAUUCUAUGAAUCCUCCACCGUGGCUGGAAAGCUUCGCGCCCUGCGUAAUUUUGUACGAGAGCAGGUGGAAAAGUCGGACGAUGCGGACGCAGUCUCGACUCAGUUGGGCAAUUUGAAACUUCUAAAAGAUGGCGUAGAAGAUAUUCCACUCGCCUCCAACGGCUAUGGGUCUUGCCGUGAGAUUCACGAAGCGCUGCUCUCUACUCUCAAAGGCGCACAGGGUCUUUCAAGAGAGGCGCAGAGCGUCGUAGACCAUGCCAUGUUGCUACGCGCCAGAGAGAAAUAUCUAUUUGAUGCACAAUUGAACCGAUCAGUAGUGUCUGAUGACCCUUGGACGGGUUUCGCCUGGAAUUGGAUUGCAGACGCUGAACAUGCAGCUGAUGACAGCGGCAUGAUUCUAUCAAAUCUCGAUUUGAGUUAUCUGGGAAUAUACUCUAUCUGGACCAACUACUUAGGUGAAAAUCCAUCAACACGACUAACACCUGGAUCAACCGCCCCUGAUGCUUCUCAGUGGGAACGGUUGAUUGGUGCCUUUUGCAAGAAGAAUUAUCUUCCGAAAUUCGAAGGCGUCAAUACCAAAAAGCCUCAUCAUCGCCAACUAUGUCUGCUCAUGUGCGGAUGGGGUGAUGCACAAAGGCAUGACCCAAGUGCUGAAGUAGACUCCGAAUACCCAGUCUCGAGACAUACAAUGGCUGCAGCUCGCGCGCUCUUUCGCGGUGAUAUCAAGCAGGCUGUUGAGAUUCUCAAAAAGGCGAGCGUUGCCCACCCAGAGCUGUUAUUCGUCUCACUGGCCCUGCAGUUGAUGGGGCGUGGAGGAAAGCAGCCUGCGAAAGAACAGUUGGACUUUGAUCAAGCCGUGGCAUCGAGGACCGAUCCGUAUUUGCAAGCCAUGUCGUCGCUUAUCGCGACAGGGAACUGGGCUGCCGUCGCCAACCAUCAUUCGCUUCCUCUGGCGGACCGCGCGUUCGUUGCAGUCCGCAACUUCAACGAUGAUCAACUCACGGCAUGGCUGGAGGAACAGGUCCAGAGGGCUGUACGGGACGGUGACAUCGAAGGUAUUGUACUCACAGGCAUCACCGAUACCUUGGUGGACAUCUUUGCGCGCUACGUCGAAAAGUUCCACGACGUGCAAACCGCUAUUCUCAUUCUCUCCAUCUGCUACCCUCGAUACAUCGACGACAUCCGCUGCCGGGCCUGGCGAAAUGCGUAUCGCUCGCACCUCCAGCGACACAAGUUCUUCUUCCAGCGGACCAAGUUCGAGGUCGAGUCCACCAAGCGCUCCAAGCGAGACGGGAUUCCCACCCUGAAGCCUCCCAGCCGCCAGAUCGCCCUGCGGUGCGUCUACUGCGAUGCCCGGACCUCCCUGGCAUCGCACCACGCCGGGCCGCCGCCGCCGCCGUCCACCGGCGAGGGCAGGAACACCCUCCUGGCCACCAGCGUCAACGCGGGCAUCAGCUGCCCCAACUGCGGGCGGCACCUCCCCCGGUGCGUCGUCUGCCUCGAGGUCGUCGGCGUCCCUCGCUCAGACAGGCCGGAGGAGAAGGAGGAGACCAAGCUGGCCGGGCGGUUCCCCACGUUCUGCCUGCGGUGCGACCACGUCCAGCACCUGGAUCACGCGAGGCAGUGGUUCGCGAGGCACGUCGAGUGUCCCGUGCCCGAGUGUCGGUGCCGGUGUAAUUUCAAGGCGAACCCUGAGCUCAACUACCAUUGA